UACAGGGGUCUGUGGGAGGAAGAAAGUGGGGUCUCCUGCAAGUGGGGUGGGGGAGGCGCCUCUUCUGAGCUCCAAGCCGGCGCGAGACACAGGCGCGGGCUGGCGGCGGCCACAUCUGCACUGGGGCCGGUGCGCAUCUGCACACGAGGGAGAGCGAGCUGCCGGCCAGGGUCCCCGCCACGCUGCCUGCCGCCCCCACCCCCAUCGGCGCGCGCGCGCCCAGCCCCGCUGGCUGGCAGACACGCGCUCGCGCUGCCUCCCUUGGCUGGCCCCCACGCUGCCACCCCCGAUUCCCCGAGGGUCCCGCAUCCGGAAAGUUCGCCUCCGGGAUCCGCAGCCUGGCGUCCCGGUGCGCACCAUGCGGGCCCUGCUGCUGCUCGGGACCGUCGCGCUGCUGGCCUCCGCCGCGGGCCCGGCCGGGGCGCGCCCCUCCAACGACACGAGCGCCGUGGCCCCGGGCCCGCUGCCUGCGCUCCUCGCGCACCUGCGGCGCCUAACCGGGGCUCUGGCGGGCGGCGGGAGCGCGGCGGGCACCGGCGCCAACGCCACCAAGACCAGCCCCGCGGGUGGCGCGGGCGCAGCGGCACGGGCGCCCCCUCCGGCCGAGCUCUGCCACGGCUACUACGAUGUCAUGGGCCAGUACGACGCCACCUUCAACUGCAGCACCGGCUCCUACCGCUUCUGCUGCGGCACCUGCCACUACCGCUUUUGCUGCGAGCACCGCCACAUGCGCCUGGCGCAGGCCUCCUGCUCCAACUACGACACGCCACGCUGGGCCACCACGCCUCCGCCUCUAGCCGGAGGCGCCGGGGGCGCAGGGGGUGCGGGCGGGGGGCCGGGGCCGGGCCAGGCAGGGUGGCUGGAAGGGGGCCGGGCCGGGGGCGCUGGGGGACGUGGGGGCGAGGGCCCCGGGGGCAGCACCGCAUACGUGGUGUGCGGAGUCAUCAGCUUCGCCCUAGCGGUGGGCGUCGGUGCCAAAGUGGCCUUCAGCAAGGCGUCGCGUGCGCCCAGAGCGCACCGGGAGAUCAACGUGCCCAGAGCCCUGGUGGACAUUCUGAGACAUCAAGCAGGCCCUACAACCCGUCCAGACCGGGCUCGGAGCAGUUCUCUGACCCCGGGGCUAGGAGGCCCAGAGAGCAUGCCCCCCAGGACACCCAAGAACCUCUACAACACCAUGAAGCCCUCCAACCUUGAUAACCUGCAUUACAACGUCAACAGCCCCAAGCACCGCGCUGCCACACUGGACUGGCGAGCCAUGCCCCCUCCCAGCCCCUCCCUGCACUAUUCCACGCUGUCCUGCUCACGGUCCUUCCACAACCUCUCGCAUCUUCCCCCGUCCUACGAGGCGGCUGUGAAGUCAGAACUGAACCGCUACUCCUCUCUCAAGAGAUUGGCCGAGAAAGAUCUGGACGAAGCCUACCUGAAGCGCAGACAUCUGGAGAUGCCCCGUGGGACACUGCCCUUGCAUGCCCUCCACGCUCUUCGCCAGAGCCGUGAGCACCUGCUGUCACCCCCACGAAGUCCUGCGCUGCCCCCAGACCCCACCACCCGGGCCAGCCUGGCCGCCUCACACUCCAACCUGCUGCUGGGGCCUGGGGGGCCCCCCACACCACUGCAUGGGUUGCCUCCAUCAGGCCUGCAUGCUCACCAUCACCAUGCCCUUCAUGGCUCUCCUCAGCCAGCCUGGAUGUCCGAUGCAGGUGGGGGUGGGGGCACACUGGCCCGCAGGCCACCGUUCCAGCGCCAGGGCACCCUGGAGCAGCUUCAGUUCAUCCCUGGUCACCACCUGCCACAGCACCUGCGCACCGCCAGCAAGAAUGAAGUGACUGUCUGA